ACAAAGCAUCUGAGCAUGAAAAGGUGAAAUUAGAGUAUGCCCAGCUUAAAGAAACUCUGGGUGCUGUGACGAAGGAGAGAGAUUUAGCCCUGUUGGAGAGGAACCAGCUCCAAAGCAAACUGGAGAACCUAGAGCAGGUGCUGAAGGUGAGUAAAGAAAUGGUCCCAAACAUGCCAGAUCGUUCAUACAUCUGAGCUUCUGAUGCAGGUGUAGCUAUGGAACCUUUUCCACUCCACCCUCUCCUAUCUGUGCUACACUGCCUCCACGGGGUUCUGUUCUGCUGUACUGUCUAAUGCCCUCAACAUGUCUGUUGCCUUCCAGUGUCCUUUUUGGGAGUUCUGACCAGGAGCUGUGAAAGAGUACGAGUCUGGAGCAGUCUGCCCUCUUUACUACCCCCCUUUUCACCUGUUUAUGUUGUCCCAUCUCACCAGCUCUGUUGGGUUCCUCCCUUUCCUCCUCCCCCUCCCCCACCUGCUAGAUUUAUAAGGUAUCACUGCUAUGCGUAUUCACUGGGAAAGCAGCCCUAAUGACUCCCUUUAUGAUGGCUUUCUGUCCACCUGAAUGGCUAUGCUUAUCUCUUCCUUUAUCCAUGGGCUGAUUACACUACACUCUAAUGGACGUGUGGCUGUUAGGCCACAGCACUAUGGAAUGUGAUAUAUGCAUGAGGCAGGAUAAAGAGUUUGGCUUCAUGGGAGGAGGAGAAGAUGAACUUUCAAGACUGGGUCCACCUCCACAAUAAUAAUGUCACCAGCAAGUUUGAUGACAUUGGCUCUUGCAGGUCUUAAUUUUGACGGCAUGAAAAUGUCAUUUGCUUCCUUCACUUUAUGCUUGGUUUAUGGUUUUGUGUCAAAUACAGGAAAGUCCAUUAGGACAGAAACUCUGCUGGUGUUGACACUUAUAAAAUGUCUUAGUAUUAUUCUGCUGUAAAAUACACUAGAUGGGUGGAGGAAUUAGUUUUAUUGUGUGUCAGUAUUGAAAAAAGCUAAAUCCUGUUUUCAGCGUUUUUCGCUGUUUUCACUUUUUUUUUAUUCUUUCCUGAUCAUAUUUUCAACUUCAGUUUGAGGUUUAAGAGUUAGUCAAAUUCUAUGCAAUGGUGAAUAACUGAAAGAUUAGGAACAUGUUAUGAAAAUGAUCAGAGUUGCAGCUACUGGUGAUUUAUUUUAGAGUUGUAAUGCCUUAGUCACAACUGCCCUUAUGGGUAGAUAAGAGCUGUCUGUGGGUAAAAAAAAAAAAAUGCUAGAAGACCUGGUGGCAGACAAGGUGGGGGCUAAAAGUCAUUAGCCAGAAGUGGAAAUUCCGCAAGAUUUCAGAGAUGUAGCCACUUUAAUCAAGACUUGAAGUGAAUAAACAGUAGUUCUGGAUUUUGUUAAAAUGUGUCAAAAGAGGGUAAACACUUUUAAAAGACUUUUACAUUGGAGCUUUAACUCUAGACCAGCGUUUACGUUUGACCGCAGUUAGCUUCAACACUUUCACAAUCAAUUUGAAUCAGCUUAUUCUGAGGCUUUAUAUUGGAAUUUAACGCUUUAUAUUAGUCAUGUUUUGCAUAUUGGUAAAAAGCAGCGUAAAAGUGUUGCUUACUAGGGCAAAACCGCUUUUCUCUGCAGAUCAGCUAAUUCCCGUUGAUCAUGUAAGGUGUUACGGUACGUCAAAGAGCAUUGUAGGUUUUGACAGAAACACCUCAGAAAGCUUAAAAUGCAAAUUUGAUCCAAAACAACACUAUCUUUCGACCGAAAUGUUUGGAAAGCAGGGGUGGGGGUUGAUGUUUCAAUUCUGGACUAAUGAUUUUCAGCCGCUAUCUUGUCUGCUACCAGGUCCCCCUCAACGAAUGGGCAGACCUACAGGUAUAUUGGGCAUGCAAGUGGCCCGCACAAAAUUUUAAGAUCGUAGACCACUUGCUGUACCCAUAGAGCAAAAAUUGUCUUGCAUGUUUUUUUCUAUGGUCAUGCUGAAAGCGAUAAGUCUUGGCAAACACUCAUGUAACACAUAAGCAGGGAAGAUUUUAUUUUUUUUCAAACCCCUCCCCAAAACCUGUGCACUGCUCAAGGGGCCCGUCAGUGCUAUUCAAGGGAUGCGUGCGCGCUCCUUGCAUGGCUGUUACGUACUCCGUGGUUAGAACCUCACUGUUGUUUGUGCUAGUAUCCUACUGACGUCCUAUAGACAUAAACCAUUGGCAUGAAUAGAGAUGGUCAAGGCUGACGUCACUAGUAUAAAAUACCUCACCUCUUGUUCCAAAGAAAUGAAAUCAAUGUAGUCGCCAUUUUUCGGAUUUUACCAUUUUGGGACCAGAUGAUGUUAUAAAGCAGUAAUUGGUCCCAGAAUGUGUCAAUCGAACUUUUCGAAUGUUUGAGAUGGGGCCAGUAGGCACCACAUGCUCUUAUUGAGGCAUCUGUCCAGUUUAUAAAUUGAAUAACUUGUGAUUAAGAAAAUAUAUAAUGAAAAAAUUAGGUUUAGCAAGAACAUGUUCAAAAAAAAAUACAAGAGUUAGAACGGUUAUUCUGACAAACAGAAUGACUGAGUGAUAGUUGCUUAGUUUUCAAUAGAAGUCUUUGUGAUUUUGGCUUUCUGGGACCAGCGGUUACUUCCUCUUUGGAACGCGAGGGGGGAGGACGAUCAGUCCAGUUCUCUCUAUGUACUGUGUAUGGCACGAAUGUAUCGCCUGCACACCACAUACGUGCACUACUUGCAUGGGGUCAAUAAGUAGCCAUUGCGCACCUUACAAAUAUCUAGACACCGUACGACAGAAUCGCCAGUACUUCAAACGUGCGUGCAACUUACAUUAUCCUUUCAAAUGUUUUGCACUGCACUUACCCCACAUAUAUACGUUCCAUUUGCAUGACCUACCCUAAGGUGGCUACACGAUCCUCAACUGCAAAAUACACCUCCCUUAAAGAUGCAGCUGUACCUGUCUACGACCCUCCAUAGACAAAGAUAAUCCAAAAGCCUGCAGCACAGCUCCACCUUUAUGUGACUAAGGCAUAAGAAGUUAACCACGAUUCUCAGCUGCUUUCUGCGUUCAACCACCAUGCAGCUACAAAUAGUAUGUAGAUAAGAUUGGAGCCCUUUACAUAAAGUCUAAGUUGCUGAUUCGAUGCAUAACCAUAAACCUACAGUGUUUUCAUAUCUUGGGGGCAAUGACAUAACAUGAGGACGCCACCACACUGGCUUAAAACAGAACAAAGCAUCCAGUACUGUAUGGCUUACUGAUGUCAUGGAUGACUGCAUACAACUGACCUGAAGAGUCACAAAAGAGUUUGCUCCCUUUUUCAUGUGAUAUGAAGUCUCUUCUAAUUAAGACAUCACUCUGUUCAGUCAAAGUAAUAAGAAGUCCUGAGGGUGUUGUGUUUGAAAAAAAAGGGCGGCAAACCUUACUCUUUGUUAAAGUCUUGAGCUAUGAACCAAAGUUGGUACUCCCUCUUUUAAUUACAUGUUUUUAGCUGAAUCAUAUUGAAAAUAAUUUAAUAUUCCAUAGUCCUAGUGUAAGGCAAAAUACAUUCCCAGAAGAAUAACAGCAUAUUACAGAUGUUACUGGGCUGUACAACUCAAUGAACUGAUUAGAGAGAGUGCACAAGUGUAUUACUGCUACUUAUAGUUAUUUGUCUGAUGUGAUUGUGCACAAACAUUUUCUAGGUGGAUGGACAUUUCAGCUGUAUUUGGAGAGAAAAAGUUUUAUCUAUUGUCAGUUUGGAAAGAAUCUUAAAAAAAAUCCAAACUAUAUCAAAUUUCAAUACCAAAGUAUAUACCAAAGUCAAUGGUGCAUAAGGCAAAUGUCCAAAAUAAAAGGGCCAUGCAAAACCUAGCAUCUCAUGUGCCAUAGAAUGAAAAAAUAACUGAUAAAGAUCAAUUCUACAUGUUGAUGUGGAAGUAAAACAAAUGACCAGAAUAUUGAUAAUUAGAAAUGAUAUUGUAAUAUUGUAAAGAAGAAUGAACCAGAACUUCUCCAUGAUCACGUUCUUCUUUUUGUUGCUAAGAAAUAGAUAAUGAAUCAAUGUGUUGAUGUUCCUCUGAGAUUUUUUUGUCUAACACCAGCCUCUAUAAAAUAACUUUUUGUGUUCUGCAAUCAAUCAAAGAUUGAAAGAGGGGGCACUAAGUCUCAUUUACUCCAAUUUUUUUUUAAAUUUGUUUUGCACAGAAUGUUAUAAUCGUGGUGUCACAUGACAGUUGCAGAGGUUAAGGAAAGAUUCUACCUUUUAAGUAUCUAAUACUUCAGUGUAAAUGAGCCUCUGCACAUGUAAUGUAUGCACAUGUCAACACUGGAGUUGUGCCUGAAUGUGGAGUCAAAAACUGGAGAUGCAUUUUGUGAUGGUUCAAUGCCACUGGAUGUUAGUUCCACUAACAGCCACCCUCUCUAUCCCUCUCACACUACAAUCUUUCCCUCUGGCCUCCAUCCCCACAACCUUUGCGGGCAGCAUAUGCGCGAGGCUGCGGAGAGAAGGCAGCAGCUAGAGUUGGAGCAUGAGCAGGCCUUGGCUGUUCUCAAUGCAAAGCAGCAGGAGAUUGACCUUCUUCAGAAGGCUCAGGUUGAGGCUAAAAAGGAGCAUGAAGGCGCUGUUCAUCUGUUAGAGAACCACUUGGACAGCAUGCAGGCCAAAGUGCGAGAGCUGGAGGAGAAAUGUCGGUCUCAGAGUGAGCAGUUCAACCUCCUGUCAAAAGAGCUGGAGAAGUUCCGGCUCCAAGCCGGGAAGUUUGACAUCCUCAGCACUGAGCCCCUGACGUUGUGCGAAUCGCCCGGCUCCCCCAACAAGUCCUUGUCACAGCUCCUCAAUGGAUUGGCCCCCGUAGGAAAAGGCAAUGAGGCUCCAACAAGCAAAUCCUUGAUAUCCGAGUUCAUUCGACCACUCCAGAUCAGUGGAGACAAGCCCGAGCUCCUCUCCGUAAAGCCAACGUUUCUGAGUCGCAGUCGAGCCAGCAGCCCAGCACAGGCUUUGCUUUCUGAGAUGGACAAAGAGCUCCGCUCAACCAUUAGAUCCAAACCCCGGUUCACAGGGAAGGUCCGUCUAUGUGUUGCUCGGUAUAGUUACAAUCCUUAUGAUGGGCCCAAUGAGCACCCAGAGGCUGAGCUCCCCCUGGUGGCAGGGAAGUACCUCUACAUUUAUGGAAACAUGGAUGAGGAUGGCUUUUAUGAAGGGGAGCUGCUGGAUGGACAGCGAGGACUGGUUCCAUCGAAUUUUGUGGAUUUUGUCCAAGAUGAGAAGAAGUCCUCAGUCCAACAAAGGGAAACAGUGACUAAAGAACCUGGCUACCUCAAUCACAGUAGCCUGGGGUCCCAGCGGCUUUCGGCCUGCACGGGAACCGGAUCGAGCAUAAGCAGUCUGCUGUCUCUCAGCAAACAGGACAGUCUAAGCACCAGCAGCUUGGGCAUGGACCUUCUGGGCUCCUCCACCAACGGAACGGGAACCUUGGAUGUUAACAUUGACGAGGUUGGAGAAGACAUUGUGCCUUAUCCCCGCCGCAUCACCUUGAUAAAACAACUGGCCAAGAGCGUGAUUAUUGGCUGGGAUCCUCCCGUGGUCCCUCCUGGCUGGGGCUCCAUCAGUGGCUACAAUGUUCUGGUGGAUAAGGAGAUUCGCAUGAGUGUUCCCUAUGGGGGCAGAACAAAGUCCCUGAUUGAAAAGCUCAAUUUGGCCACAAACACUUACCGCAUAUCAGUGCAAAGCAUCACAGAUCGGGGCUUGUCGGACGAACUCCGGUGCACUGUUCUCGUUGGAAAGGAUGUGGUGGUGGCACCUUACUACCUGCGGGUGGACAACAUCACCCAGAGCUCUGCUGAGCUCUCUUGGAUGCCCAGCAACAGCAACUACAGCCACACGAUCUUCCUCAACGGAGCAGAGUACGACAUGGUCAAGGCUGGAGGCUAUAGGUACAAGUUUUUCAACUUAAAGUCAAUGACAGUUUACAAGGUGAAAGUGGUUGGACAGCCACAUCAGGUGCCUUGGCAGCUUCCAAUGGAUCAAAGAGAGAAGAGGGAAAUCUCUGUGGAGUUCUGCACUCAGCCAGCAGGGCCUCCUCUGCCACCUCAGGAAGUGCAGGUCCAGUGUGGUCAGACUCCAGGUGUCCUGCAGGUCAGAUGGAAGCCACCGCCCCUGACAUCAUCAGGAACCUCCAAUGGGGCUAGUGUAAUAGGCUAUGCUGUGUGCACAAAGGGACAGAAGAUAGCAGAGGUGUUGUACCCCACAGCAGACUAUGUGACCGUGGACUUAAACCGGAUUCAGGGACUGGAGGCCAGGGAGGUCAUUGUAAGGACGUUGUCAACCCAAGGAGAGUCCCAGGACUCGCCUGUGGCCCCGAUCCCCAACAACCUCUUGGGCUCUCCUCGUCUUUCCCACAGAACCACUGCAGCUCCCCAUCCCAUGACCCAUCCAGUGCCACAGCCCCAUCCAGUCCACUCUCAAGUCCAUCCUCCUUACCCGUCAACGUACCCCCCAAAUCACCCCCAGCCCCACGUGCAGCCUCUGCCUCGGGUCCAGCCCCAUACGCUACCCCAUUCACAGCCACACUCGCUGCCCGUCCGCCACCCUCCUCCUCAGCCUCAUUUCCCACACCACUCCAUGCCCAAACCAAAAUCAUCAUUAAGUGCCAGAGAACCAGAAACCAAAGAACAUGAGGUGGGCAUGCGGACUCCUCCACCCUGGGAACGCUCCCCCUCCCCACUACCCCCCAUGUGUGGAUCCAACCUGGAGCCACCGCACUUCCCACCGCGGCGAUCGCCCUCUCCUCAGAGGAUCCUGCCACAGCCUCAGGGAGUCCCUAUCCCCAACACCAUCGCCAAGGCCAUGGCCCGAGAAGCUGCCCAGAGGGCGUUCGCUGAGGCUAACCGGGUUGAGAAGAGGAAUAUCUUUAGCGAUCGAGUUAAUGCCUUGCAUCCACUUAACUCUGAUGAGGAGGAGGAUGGCUAUGACUCUCCUCACGCGAGGAGGAGAGGAGCCUCAGUGGAUGAAUUCCUCAGAGGUUCAGAGUUGGGCAGACAGUACCAUCAUCCUCAUCACCACUACAGCCACAGUGAGGAGUACCACACAGAGAGCAGCCGGGGCUCUGACCUGUCCGACAUAAUGGAGGAGGAUGAGGAAGAUCUGUACUCUGAGAUGCAGUUGGAGGAGGGCCGCAGGCGCAGCAUUAACUCUCACAACACCCUUAAGGCUUAUUACAAGCGUCAUGACUUAGCUGAGGAACGAGACUGUUGGGAUCUCCAGAGGGAGGUGGUGAAGCAAAAAUCGCUCCGGAGCAAGCGUCUGCACAGCAUCCCGGAGGUGGCCGAGGAAGAGUCUGACAGCGUGGACAGCAUCGGCCAGCGUCUGUCCUUUGACGAUGGAGGGCAACCGGGAAUGCUGCAUUCUCAGAGACGGAUGUACCCCCAGGGCACUCACACGCGAAACCAUCCCACCAGCAGCAAAACCUCCCGCCUGCAGCGCCAGCGUUCCUCCCCUCGCUUCACCGACAGCCGCUAUGGCUACAGCAUCGACGACCGCAGCUACGGACGGCCCAAUCGUCAGAACACCAAGAGUCCUGAUAGUGGUUUAGACUGUGGUAGUGAGGAAGAAGGUUCUCUAGGACGGAGCCAUCGGGGAUACUACACCCAUGGGAGCCCCGUUCGUGGACCUGUGCGGAUCAUCCAUUGCGAGGGCCCCGUGGAAAGACGGGCGUUGGCUAUGGGCCGCAAGAGAACGCUGACCCGCCAGUGCAGCGUAGAGGAGGAGUACUCCGAUGUCCCCGUCCUUUCGGCCAAGUCGGUGCACACAGGUGACUUCAGGAACAGGGAACACUUUGGGCCUCGCCGGGAGGUCGGGCCCCGAUACGCCAGGGAGGGGGCCCUCAGCGAGGGCAGGCUGAACGAGCUGGACAGGGGCUAUAACAGCCCCCACAGGGAGGCUAGGGCCCACUCUUUGUCCAGGCUCAACCAGGACCAGUCGCUGAUCAUUGGGAACUCACCAUCUCACGGAAGCCCCGAUCGUCUGGACCAUUCGGGGAGGAGGCCGGUUCACAUCGGCACCCCUCCUCAGCGACGCCCCAUCCCAUCCAUUGAGAUCACCAUGGACAGUAACAGUGAGGGGAGUGAGGGGAACCUCUCACCCGUCAACGAGGAUGUUUACUAUGGCAGUGUAGCUCGGCGCAGGACAUGGCGAUCUUUGUCCUCAGAGGAUCAAUAUGACGGCUAUGGCGGGCGCAGAUAUGGGCGGGGACGGCGGUCGCUGGAAUAUUUUGAGGAGUCGGAACCGGAGGACCUGACCCGCUUGUUUGUGGCUCUGUUCGAUUACGAUCCACUGUCCAUGUCUCCCAACCCCGAUGCCGCAGAUGAGGAGUUGCCUUUCAAGGAAGGCCAGAUCAUUAAGGUGUUUGGAAACAAAGACACAGAUGGGUUCUACAGGGCAGAAAUCCGAGACAGAGUGGGUCUGAUCCCCUGUAACAUGGUUUCGGAGAUCCAGACAGAGGAUGAUGAGAUGAUGGACCAGCUCCUCAAGCAGGGCUUCCUCCCUCUUAACACUCCUGUGGAGAAGUUAGUGAACUGUGAUCGUUUCAAAGAUGGCCGCUCAGUAAAUCGCAGAUCCAGAAAGUCCAAGAGAGAACGAAACAGGCGCAGCGGACGUCAGUAUUCAAUGUCAACGCGUAGGAUGGUGGCCCUGUACGACUAUGAUCCCAGAGAAAGCUCGCCAAACAUUGAUGUUGAGUAUGAAGGCAGCAGGCUGAAUGAGGAGGCUGAACUGACAUUCUGUGCUGGUGAUGUCAUCACAGUUUUUGGUGAAAUAGAUGAAGAUGGAUUUUACUAUGGCGAGCUCAACGGACACAAGGGACUCGUUCCUUCCAACUUUCUCGAAGAAGUGCCUGAUGAUGUAGAGGUUUUUCUCACUGAUUCACCAUCUCGGUACCCCCAGGACGCGCCUGCACGGAUAAAGACCAAAAGGGUUCCGUUGGAAAAAUCGGGGGCGCCCAGAAGAGCAGCCUCUCCCACAGUGGGUCCCCUCAUCCGUGGCUCUGGCCCAACUUCUGUGGGGCCUGGCAGUCCCGUCAGGGCCUCAAUGGACAUGUACUCCCACAAAAAGGAAAAGGGACUACACUGCAAAGGGAAGAAACAAUUUCAGAGACUCUGCGCUGUAAAGUAAUGUCUCAAUAUAUGUCAUCCACUUCCUCAAAUUCCGUGUAAUUAAAGAAGAAAAGAAGAUAUAUAUCUAUAAAUAUAUAUCCACUACAGUGCACAGGUGGCAUUUUUUGAGACUAGCAAAUGCUUUAUUCUUUUACAUCUAUUGUACAAUGGAAUAUUUGUAUUUUGUUCUUGGUAUCAGCUACAUAUUUUCAAAACUACAUUUCAUAUCGUGGUCCCAUGACCUCAUGGCAUGAGAAGCUGUAGUUCUGAAGAACUUACCUCCAAGUCUUCAAGUUUUGCAGUAAAUCAAUUCUGCAAUUUUGUCUUGUUUUGGGGGUAACAACAUGAGUCUGGCUAGCAUCCUUCUAUCCAAGAAUGUCACUCAACAGAGGGCUCAGCUAAAGUCCAUCAGUGUUCUCCCACUGGGUUGACUUGAAGGUGUCUGCAGCAGCCAGUUCCAUGUUUGAAAGGUUUGCAUGAUUUACUUCAAAACAUUCCCUCCUCACCUUUCUGAGAGCGGACUUCACGGUGGAGCGUAAACUGACAAAUCAGCAGAACUUUUUUUCUGCCUUAUUUUGAGCGAGAGGCGUGUCAUUCCUAUAGGCAUUGCAGGCAAUUACAAAACCAAGCACAUUCUGUAUCUACAGCGGGGGUUGUAGAUCCACCCUUCAUGUAUUUGCCUUAUAAUUGCACAAUGGUUGGUCCCAGCUGAGUAUGCAGAUCCAUUCCCAUCAUGCAUUUCUGAGGGUUUCUGCCAAAAAGAACCGUUUGCAGAUGUUACUCCUCACUCGUAAUAUGCAAGAUGUCUGAUGUUUUCUGUUGAGCCAGAGCUAAAAUACUGUUAAAGCCUCUUGUUGAUGUUGUCCUCCCUCCCCCAUGCGGAGCCCAAAAUAGACAAGGUUUUAGCAUUGUGCUGUAAAUGUAGAGUGCAGAUUUUGCUCCCAUCUUAGCAGAUGUUGGGGCUACACAGGAUUAUAUAUUUUUGGAUUUGAGGUCAUUCAUCUCAAAUUAAAGAAAGUAAAUGGUCAUUUUAACAGUUAUUUGUAUUACAGUUCCUAGAAUUUUUGUUAAUUGUGCUGCAUUUGGGUCAUAGCAUGCAACACUUGGAGCAUCCCAAGAACUGUAAGGAUUUUUUUAAGUCGAGUGAAACACAAAACUACCUCUACACUGACACCCCCCACCCCAGACGACCAUUGUCCCGGCCAAUCUGUCAUUGAUGCCUUUUCAGUUUCCCCAAAUCCAUUUCAGUACUGUAUCUCCAUAGAUUUAUAAUAUCUACACUUUACUGUAGUGUGAAUGUAUGAGUUGAAAUACUAUAUCAGAUGUGCUGCCACCAUCCCUAGAAAAGAAAAUUUAAAAUAGAAGCGCAGGAGCACACGUCCAUGUGAGAAAUGAAGGCAGUCCAAGUCUCCACCCGUUUUCCAUUUUAUCUUUGUUUUGAAAUGUAUUUCCAGUGGACCCAAGUUAAAACAGAACUGCCAAAAAAUAAUAAAAACCCCAUCAGGAAUGUUUCCAGUACAUUCUUUCAGAAUAAUUUACACAGCAGCAAAAAGGUUUUCCAAAAUUCAUUCAUUGCUUUGGUUCUUUUACAGUGACUGCAGCUUUUUUGUACUUUGUCCAUUUGUAAAAUUGUUUUUAAAUGUUUAUACUUGAUUUUCAAACUGCCUUUUUUGUACAUUUCUCUUUAUAAUCAAACAGUGCAAGCUUUCCCUGUGGUGUCUUGGAGACCAUAUUGUUAACUCUGCAACAGUGUGCUAGCUUUAUGAUAAUUAUCAGCCUACAUUGAUGGUUAUAAUUUACUGUUUGGGUGUGCAUGUGCAAUUUUUUCUAAGAAAAAAUAUAAAUAAAUUUGAUAUUUUGUAAA